AUGUUUGGUGGCGGAUCCAGCUCCGCUGCCUCCAAAUCCGACUCGGCUGCACCAGAACCAGCAAAAACGGACAAGAAGUCGCCAUCACCAGAUUCCAGCUCUACGCCCAUUAAGACGCCGGACCAGGCGGCCAGUGGUGAGAAGCGCAGUGGAAAUGGACAGACUCCGGACACGGGCAACUCGGAGAAGAAGCGCAGAAGUAGUGGUGUGGGAUCGAAAGCGAGCAGUCUCAUAGCUAGCGCCAAGAACUCGUUGAAUUUCUCCCAGGUCGGCCGAACGAACAGCGACCUCAGCGCAUCUCAAACUCCCCUGCAGAAGUUGGGCAAACAGGAUCCCGCGCUGGCUGUGCCCCAGGGACAGCACAACAACUCGGCGGGCGAGUCGCUUCCUGGCCCUCGAUCAACUUUCCGUGUUGGCGUUUGGGAGGACAGAAACAAGAAAUGCCGACGUACUAUGGAGGAUACUCACGCGUUCCUCUACAACUUCCUACAUACCCCGGCGCCUCUUUUGACCGCCGAUGCCGGCAACAAAAGCACGAAAUCGAGCAAAUCCGCCGACGAGAAUGACGGGCGGAGUGAGACGACACUGCAAGACAUGGUGGAGACGGAUAAUGGCUAUUUCGCUAUCUUCGAUGGCCAUGCCGGAACCUUUACCGCAGACUGGUGUGGCAAGAAACUGCACAUUAUCCUCGAGGACAUGAUUCGUAAAAACCCCAACAUCCCGAUCCCCGAGCUGCUCGACCAGACCUUCACCAACGUUGAUGCGCAGCUCGAGAAGCUGCCUCUUAAGAACAGUGGCUGCACUGCUGCCAUUGCCGUUCUUCGCUGGGAGGAUCGCGUCCCGAGCUCAAGCUCCGCCACUGGUUCACAAGCGAUUGCCCCGGCAACCGUGGCUGCCUCCAAGGCCACAGAUGCGUCAAAGUCCAAGGACAGUAAGUCUGAUGACAAUGACACCGCCAGUGUUGCUCCAGAGUCCGCUCAUGCGAAAUUAAAAGGCGCAGCUGCGAGACAACGAGUCCUCUACACGGCAAACGUGGGGGAUGCCCGUAUUAUACUCUGUCGGUCCGGAAAAGCAUUGCGUCUGUCCUAUGACCACAAAGGUAGUGACGAGAACGAAGGCAAGCGCAUCGCGAAUGCUGGUGGCCUUAUCCUCAACAACCGGGUCAAUGGCGUACUGGCCGUAACACGGGCACUGGGAGAUACCUAUAUGAAGGAUCUCGUCACUGGACACCCAUACACCACCGAGACUGUCAUCCAGCCUGAUAUGGAUGAAUUCAUGAUCAUAGCGUGUGAUGGGCUCUGGGAUGUCUGUUCAGACCAAGAAGCCGUGGAUUUGGUUCGCGAGGUUCAGGACCCCGCCUCAGCUGCGAAGCAGCUGGUCGACCAUGCUUUGGCUCGCUUUAGCACCGAUAACCUGUCCUGUAUGAUAAUACGCUUCGACAAGGCAGCUCUUCUAGAAAGUCAGAAGGACAAGCCCAUCGGGGUUGAAGGCGACGUGACCGAACCUGGCUGCAAAAUCAGCGAGGCAGAGAAAAUCGUCAGCUCGACGAAGCAAAAGAUCGCAGAGGGUGGAACCCCAGCUGUAGGCGUGUCAGCUAGCAAUAGUGGUCGAGGUCAUGAUCCGAUACCCAUUAAGGACGGUGAGACAUUCCAGCCAACCGCUUUGGAAGGCUCUGUUGAAGAGGAGCCCGGUCCCUUGGAAGAUAGCGAUGCACCUGAAGUCACUCCCGACGCCAUUCCCGACCCGAAUGCCCUGACUUUUAUAUCAUCGGAUUCUGAUGAGGCUCUUUCUAAACCGAAGGCUACCUAA